ACAAUGUUAUAUUCUCUGCUCUCGAGAAACUGAAAAUAAUAACACGGAAGUACAUAGUCCUUGUGUGUGAGAGGAGACACGACUGCAGUUCCAGGGCUGAAUUCGUUCACAUGCUGUGCUCAGUUUAAUCAACAACUAUUCGUGUUCAAGACGAUUGCUGAUAGUUCUGUAAAGAUAACAGCAGACUGCGAGGUUUCCAAUAUAGACAGUCUUCCCCGGAGCAUAAGAAAAGCCGCUGUGUUUGUAUUAAUGGAAGAGGCGAGAGUGAGACCCGUCUGUGAAAUGAAAGAAGAGAUGGAUAUCUGCGCAUCCUCCGCGUCUCUCCUUGAGGAAGAACUCGCCUCUGCUAUCGAGCCUGCAGUGAAAGCGGCUGUGCUGAGCGUCAUGUCUGCGUUAGCAAAGUUCGUGGACAGUAAAUGUGCAGUUUUCAAUCUCAGACUGGACGAAAGAGACCAAGAAUUUGAAAGCGUGAGAUUGCGAUUGGAAAUAGCAGAGAGCGAGUUGAAAGCAAUGCGGGACCGAGAAUACACGAACACUGGAGAUAAGAACUUCACACAAUCUCUCACGAACACCAAUGAACAAUACUGCGGGGUUGACAUUGAUGUCAUUCAUGUCCCUGAGCUGCAGCAGGAAGAGCACAGAUUGGUCCACACGAGGACAGCGGAAUGGAGACACACAGUGGAAGGUCCUGUAGAGAGAAAUGCUCUCCCUCAUGCUGAGGAAGGGUCGAAGACAGAAUCAGUUCCCAUUCAAGAGGAGCUCUUUGACCAAGAAUGGUGCAGGAGUCCAAAGCAGGCUACAGAGCUGACAUCUAUUGAUGGGGAGGAUGAGACACAUGCACUAGAUCCUGUCCACAUUAAUGAAGAGAUCCGUGAAAUUGAACCGGUCAUCAUUAAAGAGGAGGUUCUUGAACUUGAAUCUGACCCCAUUGAAGAGGGGUGUUCUGACCACUUUGAAAGACAGCAGCAAAUUCACAUGGGACAGAAACUGCAUCUCUGUACUGUUUGUGGGAAGAGUCUCAGUACAUCAACAGAGCUGAAAAGACACCACCGAAUUCACACAGGAGAAAGACCGUACUGUUGCACUGAAUGUGGAAAGAGUUUCAAUACCUCUACAGAUCUGAAAAGACACCAUCGCAUUCACACAGGAGAGAAGCCGUAUUCCUGCACUCAGUGUGAGAAGAGUUUCAAACGGUUACACCAUCUUAAAUCACACCAGCGAAUUCACUAUCGAAAGAAACCUGUUUCACUGUAGUGGGUGUGAAAAGAGUUUCACUCAGUUAGUAAGUCUGACGUCACACCUUCGGGUUCAUAAGGGGAGCAGUCAACUCACUGCACUCAAUAUGAGAGAUGUUAUUUUCGAAGUGGAGAGUUUAUAAGACCCAGAGAUGCAAUUGAACUUUUUGAUCCUUUUGUCAAAAUGAAUUUGUCUUCUGACCCCCAAUUGUCUGCUAAGUUAUUAAAAUGUAAAUCCUG